UGAAAAUGGAUAAAAUUUCACUUCCUUUAAGUCAGAUCUCGCUUGGAGAGGAAGCAAGCGAAUCUCAGGAAGGAACUACUCAUGCUCCUGAGCUUAAUUCAGCAACGCAGAGCGUAGCCGGAUUUGAUGAAACCUUUGCAAGCGAGAAUUAUAGCAUUGGCAAACUAUUUCAAAAUAAUUUGGUCGAUAAAGAAGCUAUUUAUGACUCAAUGACACCAGAAGAGCAAGAAAGAUAUGAGAGAUGUCGUGAGUUUGUGAUCCCUCAUCAGAAGAUUAAAUACGUUGUUGAGAGUUUGAAAAUUUUUCAUGGUCCCAACAAAAAUAAGCCUGGUCCUUCUUGGAAAAUUCAGAAAAGUAGUCAUCAAAUGAUUUCUGGACUAGCAAAGUUAUAUCUCAGUAGAAUUAUUGAGGAUGCUAAAGAUAUACAAAUAAAUGAGCUAAUCAGAUCCAAAGGCUUACAAACAGAAGAAGAAGUUGAGCAAGCGAUAGAAGAAAACCCACUGACUCCUGAUCACAUCCACCAGGCAUACAUCCACAGGCAGAAAACAGUCGGGCUAUUUAAGAAGGUUCACAGGGACAUACUGACCCAGAAGGAUGACCACAUCAAAAGUAUCCUCACAUCCAAGAUGCUUUAAUUACUAAACUUCACA